CUUAAUUUUUGUUUAACUACUACAAUCGCUAACCUUAAUUUAUAAUCCAAAUGUCCACUACCUACGAAGAGUUUUCUUCCAAGCUUGACCGCUUAGAUGGCGAGUUUUCGAAGAAGAUGGAGGAGCAGAACAAAAAGUUCUUCGCCGAUAAACCAGACGAGUCGACGCUUUCACCUGAAAUGAAGGAUCACUAUGAAAAGUUUGAAAAGAUGAUUCAGGAGCACACCGACAAGUUCAAUAAAAAAAUGCACGAACAUUCUGACCACUUCAAGCAAAAGUUUGCUGAGCUUCUUGAGCAACAAAAAAAUGCACAGUUUCCUUCUAAGUAGAGGAAAUUCAGGAGGAAGACUAUUGGAUCCUUAUCUAAUAUUUGAUAUAUAUAUAUUAGUUAUUUGGGUCUUUGUUAAUUUUCUUGAUAGAAACAGAAUCUAUACCAUUAAAGAUGUAUUUAGUUCUAUUAAGGCUACUUGGCGCGAAUGACGUAGAGACGAUAGAAAGUGGCCCAUAUAGAUUAACGUAAAAAAAAAACGGAAAUAUGAAACCAAUUUUUUUCUUCAUAUUUUAGUUUUUUUUUUCAUAUUUUAUUAAUAUAUCUAAUUUUUUUUUGUGAGAGAAAAAAUGAAAGUUACCUUAUACCUUUCGUAUAUUUGAAGGAUUAGUC